AUAUAUAAACCCUAAUCCCCUUCCUUCUUUCUGUAUCUAUCUAUAUAUAUAUUCCAGAAUAAUAAUCCCCCAAAAUCAUCGAAUCUCAAAAACACACAAAAACACAAACAAUCUUUUCCGAUGGCAGACGAAGCAAAAGCUAAAGGCAACGCAGCUUUCUCAGCCGGAAAGUUCACUGACGCCAUCAAUCACUUCACUGACGCCAUCAAUCUCGCCCCAACAAACCACGUGCUUUAUUCAAAUCGCUCAGCCGCUUACGCUUCUUUAAACCAAUAUUCAGAAGCCUUGUCAGAUGCCAAGAAAACCGUCGAUCUGAAACCCGAUUGGUCUAAAGGCUACUCUCGGCUCGGCGCGGCUCACCACGGUCUCAAACAGUACGAUGAAGCCGUUUCCGCGUAUAAAAAAGGUUUAGAAGUUGACCCAAGUAAUGAAACAUUGAAAUCUGGGCUUAAAGAUGCGGAAAGUGCGAAACUUUCGUCGUCGGGUCGACCCGGGUCGAGUCAACCCGGAAUGGGGAAUUUGUUUGGGGAAGCUUUUGGGUCGGAUAUGUGGGCUAAGUUGACUGCUGACCCGGCUACGAGGUUGUUUAUGCAGAUGCCGGAUUUCGUGGCGAUGAUGAAGGAUUUACAACGAAACCCGAAUAAUUUGAAUAUGUAUUUGCAGGAUCAGAGGGUAAUGCAGGCAUUGAGUGUUUUGUUGAAUGUUAAGAUGUCAAAAGGGCCAGGUGGGAAUGAUUCUGAUGACGUGGAGAUGCCUGAUUCGCCACCGAAAGAGCGAAAAAGGCCUGCAGAUGAAGCCGAGACGGUUAAGGAGAAGAAAAGAGAGGCAGAAGUUGAACCCGAACCUGAGCCAAUGGAUGAUGAUGAGAGGGAAUUGAAAGAAAAGAAAGCGAAUGCGCAGAAAGAGAAGGAAAAGGGGAAUGCUGCUUAUAAGAAGAAGGAUUUCGAUACUGCGAUUGAGUGUUACACGAAAGCGGUUGAAUUGGAUGAUACGGAUAUUUCGUUUCUUACGAAUAGGGCUGCGGUGUAUUUGGAGAUGGGAAAGUUUGAUGAAUGCAUCAAAGAUUGUGAAAAAGCUGUGGAGAGAGGAAGGGAGCUUCGUUCUGACUAUAAGAUGGUUGCAAGGGCUUUGACAAGAAAGGGAACUGCUUUGGUUAAGAUGGCUAAAACAUCAAAAGACUAUGACCCUGCAAUUGAGACUUUCCAAAAAGCUCUUACUGAGCAUCGCAACCCAGAUACUCUAAAGAAGCUGAAUGAUGCAGAGAGAGCAAAGAAGGAGCUGGAACAACAAGAAUACUAUGACCCUGAACUUGCUGAGAAGGAGCGUGAAAAAGGGAAUGAGUGCUUCAAAGAGCAGAAAUAUCCAGAUGCUAUCAGGCACUACACAGAAGCAUUGAGAAGAAACCCCAAGGAUGCAAAGGCAUACAGUAACAGAGCUGCUUGCUACACAAAACUUGGGGCAAUGCCUGAAGGAUUGAAAGAUGCAGAGAAGUGCAUAGAGAUUGAUCCAAAAUUCUCAAAGGGGUACACCAGGAAAGGUGCAAUCCAGUUUUUCAUGAAAGAGUUUGACAAGGCUUUAGAGACAUAUCAAGAGGGCUUGAAGCAUGAUCCCCAAAAUCCGGAGUUGCUUGAGGGUGUGAGGAGUUGCGUGCAACAAAUUAACCGAGCCAGCCGUGGAGAUUUGACACCAGAUGAGCUUAAGGAGAGACAGGCGAAGGCUAUGCAAGAUCCAGAAAUCCAGAACAUUCUCACGGAUCCUGUUAUGGCACAAGUGUUGAAGGAUCUUCAAGAGAACCCGAAGGCUGCACAGGAUCAUAUGAAGAAUCCUUCCGUGAUGAACAAGAUUCAGAAGCUGAUCAGUGCUGGGAUUGUGCAGAUGAGAUGAUGCUUUUCAUAAAACCUAGCUCCUUUUUGCAUGGAUGUCAUUUGAUAAGAACACGUUAAUUGGGUGUGCUUUUUUGAUGAAUCAUUAUUGAAACUGAUCAAAGUUUUAGGGAUAUGUGAACUUGGCGUAAUUUCCGUUCUUUUAAUAUGGUUUCGUUGUGUUUUA